ACAAAUAUGUGGAAUUUGACUUCCUUAUCAAUGGCCAGUUUUUGCGUAUGCCACUGGUCACGCACAUGGAAAUGGAAAAUAUCUCCACGGAAGAAGUGGUGGAAAUAGAGUAUGUGGAGAAAUAUAUGGCCCCUCAGCCAGAGGAAUGCAUCUUCCAUGACGACUGGAUCAGUUCUGUUCAAGCCACUGAAGAAUGGAUAUUAACUGGCUGCUAUGAUCAGACUGCUCGAAUCUGGUCUUUGGAAGGAAAAUCCAUCAUGACAAUAGCUGGGCAUACAGAAGUAGUAAAGGAUGUGGCAUGGGUGAAGCAAGAUAGUUUAUCAUGCCUGUUACUCAGUGCUUCUAUGGACCAAACUGUCCUGUUAUGGGAGUGGAAUGUGGAAAAAAACAAAGUGAAAGCCCUUCACUGCUGCAGGGGACACGCCGGGAGUGUAGACUCCAUAGCUGUUGAUUGCACGAGAACUAAAUUCUGCAGUGGAUCUUGGGAUAAGAUGUUAAAGAUCUGGUCUGCAGUACCUACAGAUGAAGAGGAUGAAAUGGAAGAAGCAGCUAACAGACCACGGAAGAAGCAGAAAACUGAACAGUUGGGACUAACAAGGACUCCCCUGGCAACCCUGUCUGGCCACACAGAAGCUGUCUCCUCUGUGCUGUGGUCAGACACUGAAGAAAUUUGCAGUGCAUCAUGGGACCACACCGUUAAACUCUGGGAUGCUGAGACUGGAGAUCUCAAAUCAACUUUGACAGGAAACAAAGUGUUUAAUUCUGUCUCCUACUCGCCACUAUGUCGACGCCUCGCAUCUGGGAGCACUGACAGACAUAUUAGGCUAUGGGAUCCUCGCAGCAAAGAUGGCUCCUUGGUUCUCCUGUCUCUAACAUCUCACACAGGUUGGGUGACAUCUGUGAAGUGGUCACCUACCCAUGAGCAUCAGCUGAUCUCUGGUUCUCUGGACAACAUUGUGAAGCUCUGGGACACAAGGAGUUGCAAAGCUCCUCUGUACGACUUGGCUGCUCAUGAGGACAAGGUUUUGUGUGUGGACUGGACAGAAGCAGGGUUGCUAUUGAGUGGAGGUGCAGACAACAAACUGUAUUGCUACAGAUACCCAGCUACAGCCUCUGAUGUUGGAGCAUGAAGGUCAACAGCCAGAAGACUUUUUUUAAAACAAAAAAGAAAAUAAUUUUUGCAGCAGUCAGUCUUUCUUAGCAUCCCUACACAACCAACAUCCAAAGAAAGGAGUUCUUUGUUGCUCAGAGAGGUGAUGUUCCUGGUUUUUGUAUUGGUAACCUAUAUCCAUAUUUGUCACAGAAAAAUGGCAACAAGCAGUUACGAGUGUGAUCAGCAAAGGGCAUUUCCUCCCUUUUUGCUGGCUUUGAAUUAACAUCUUUUAAGUGACUAUUUGUAUAGCCCUUUUAAUAAGGAGUAAACUGUUGCUGAUACUUACAGAAAAAUUACUCACUGGACUAAAUUAUUUUUUGAGUUUACCUGCUUUCCCUUGAAAAAAAAAAAUAAAGCUUUUAUCUACA